UUGUAGGUGGAUCAUUUGACAAGGAAACAAAAUCUCAGACCCUGAGAAACGAGUUCGGCAUCUCUUCAUGGUUGUUUCCAGAAGUAAGAUAUAAGGUGUCUGGAUGAGCCAUAUAUUUGCCUUUUGUUCUGAAGAAAUAUGUUGAAGUGAUUUUGACUAACAUCAGUGUCAUCAGUGAGAAACAUGGCCGGUCAAGAUAAAGGAAAAAUAUUAAAGUACUUUGCAGGAAUCAUAAUGACGCUCCUGCUGACGCAUGAAUGUGUUGUGGAAACACUUGAUUUCCCAGAAACAAGUAUAGAUUUAGAGUUUAGCUACAUUGAUGGGCAACUGCAUCAUAGAUUACCGAGAAGCGCAGAGCUAUUGGAGUUCAUUGUGAUUGUGGAAGUGAAUGCAUCCCAAGCUGUGGUGAUUGAACAGAUCAGAGUGUCAUUGGCUUCCAUCACAUUCCCUCUUCAAUUGGACAACAGUACUGAAAUUACUGCUGCGAACAUCACAACAGUGUGCCAGCCAAAUGUGACCGAAUACCAGUGCGUAUGUGAAGAUGGUUAUGCAUGGACAUACAACAACUGCAAGACAUAUGAGGCCUGUGAUGACAUCAGUCUGGGCUCAUGUGGAUGUAUCAGUGGUAUUCCGAGUGAUGGAGAGAUGUGUGUGCUGGAGAGCGAACUUCCCUUCACAGACCUAUUGUUUGAAAUUGAGAUUGAAUCAUCAAGCAUCUCUGUGAUCGAUGAGAUGAGGAGAUAUUUUCAGAACAUGACCUUUCCACUUCAGUUAGAUGAGCUGGUUGAAGUAUUAGAUGUGGACAUCACGACAGUGUGCAAUUUCAAUGACAGUGGAUACAAGUGCGUAUGUGAGGAUCAGUAUUUCUGGCCGUGUGAAAAGUGCACAGAAUAUGGGAGCUGUGAUGACAUCACUAACAACACAUGCAGCUGCAUCAAUGAUAUUCCAAGUGACAGACAGUUCUGUCAACCAGUCAACGAGAUAACAAAUAACACUGCAUGUGGGAAACCACCAACAGUUCCAGCUGAAUAUCUAACUGAAAUUCAGAUAGAUGCCGAGAAUACUUCCAUCAUUGAUCAGCUGAUGAGCUAUUUGAUGUCUUUCAGUUUUCCCUACAAAAUCAGUGACAGCACUAACAUCACAGAAAUCAACAUAACUACUGUGUGUUCAUUGAACCAAACGCAGUAUCAGUGUAAAUGUGAGGGUCUGUUUGUUUGGCCAAAUGACACGUGUCACUCGUACGAGGCCUGUGAUGAUAUCACUGAUGGUUCAUGUACAUGUAUCAAUGCCCUUCCAGUGGAUGGACAGUUCUGUCAAGUACUGCCUUCUAAGUACAUGAUUGACAUUGAUGUGAGAUUCUUUGACUUGUUCCUGGUGAACUACUUACGGGAUCUCGUCAGAAAUAUCAGCCUACCUUUGACUCUGAGCAGCAGCAUAAAUAUCACAGAUAUUGACAUGACUACUGUGUGUGGGUUAAAUGGAACACAAUAUGAGUGCAAGUGUGAGGAGCGUCAUGUUUGGCCCAAUGACACCUGCAGGGCCUAUCAUGAGUGUGAUGAGAUUGUGGGAGGCACUUGUGGAUGUAUUCAAGCUCUCCCUUCAGAGGGUCCGCUUUGCCAGAGAGACAUCAAUGAAUGUGAAGAUGCAGUGUCAGUUUGUGGUCAAUACUCAGAUUGUAUUAACAUCAUCGGGAGUCACAUGUGUUCAUGCUGGAGUGGAUUUAAUUCCUCCAAUAAAGACAGUCCUGUGAGCCGCAACAACUCAUGUCAGGAUAUAGAUGAAUGUCUGGUCAGUCCAUCUGUAUGUGGUCCAGAUUCCAACUGCACAAAUGAAAUAGGAAGUUACAAUUGCUCAUGUCUGGAUGGAUUCACUGUAACAAACUCAAGUCUCACCAUCAGCAUCAAUAACACAUGUAGAGAUGUUAAUGAUUGUCUAAAGACAUCAGAGUUCUGUGGUCCAAACUCUCGUUGCACCAACUCAGUUGGGAGUUACAACUGUUCCUGCUUGAGUGGGUUUACUGUAACAAAUAUGAAUCAACCAAUCAGCAUCAGUAAUCCAUGUAAUGUGACUCUACCUUUGACUGAAUAUCUGAUUGAAAUUCAGAUCAAUAGUGUGGAUAGUAGCGUCACUGAUCAGCUGAGGACUCUUCUGAUGUCUUUUAAUUUGCCCUACAUAAUCAGUGACAGCACUAACAUUACAGAAAUCAACAUAACUACUGUGUGCUCAUUGAACCAAACUCAGUAUCAGUGUAAAUGUGAGGGUCUGUUUGUUUGGCCAAAUGACACGUGUCACUCGUACGAGGCCUGUGAUGUCAUCACUAAUGGUUCAUCAUGUACAUGUAUCAAUGCCCUUCCAGUGGAUGGACAGUUCUGUCAAGUACUGCCUUCUAAGUACAUGAUUGACAUUGAUGUGAGAUUCUUUGACUUGUUCCUGGUGAACUACUUACGGGAUCUCGUCAGAAAUAUCAGCCUACCUUUGACUCUGAGCAGCAGCAUAAAUAUCACAGAUAUUGACAUGACUACUGUGUGUGGGUUAAAUGGAACACAAUAUGAGUGCAAGUGUGAGGAGCGUCAUGUUUGGCCCAAUGACACCUGCAGGGCCUAUCAUGAGUGUGAUGAGAUUGUGGGAGGCACUUGUGGAUGUAUUCAAGCUCUCCCUUCAGAGGGUCCGCUUUGCCAGAGAGACAUCAAUGAAUGUGAAGAUGCAGUGUCAGUUUGUGGUCAAUACUCAGAUUGUAUUAACAUCAUCGGGAGUCACAUGUGUUCAUGCUGGAGUGGAUUUAAUUCCUCCAAUAAAGACAGUCCUGUGAGCCGCAACAACUCAUGUCAGGAUAUAGAUGAAUGUCUGGUCAGUCCAUCUGUAUGUGGUCCAGAUUCCAACUGCACAAAUGAAAUAGGAAGUUACAAUUGCUCAUGUCUGGAUGGAUUCACUGUAACAAACUCAAGUCUCACCAUCAGCAUCAAUAACACAUGUAGAGGUAAAUCCUAGAAUCAGAAACUAAUU